AUGGGACACUUCCAGGUCCUACAGAUGGUACUGUUGUUCCUUCCUGGGAUGGUGUAUGCCUGUAUUAAUGUACUACAGAUCUUCAUUAGGGUGAUACCAGAGCACCACUGCCGCCUCCAGAACCAGACAAGUGCUGUGUCUGCUUUCCGGGGAGAUGGGAGGGACAGGGACCUGCUGAAAGUGUCCAUUCCCAUGGACAAAAGAGGGAAGCCAGAGACAUGCCUCAGGUUUACUGAACCUCAGUGGCAGCUCCUGAAUCCAAAUGCCACAGAGCAGGCAAGACUGGACACUGAGCAUUGCUUGGAUGGAUGGGUCUACGACAAGAGUGUCUCCUCCUCCUCCAUUGUUGCCGAGUGGGACCUGGUAUGUGAACAGAAGUUACUGAUAUACAUCUGUGUUGCAAUAUUUGCAGGAGGACACCUGGCAGGAAGCGUUGUCUUUGGGAUACUCUCCGACAGGUUUGGGAGGAGGACGAUGCUACUGUGGUCCUCUCUGAUGGCCAUGAUUUCCGGUACCUGUGAAGCCUUUGUGCCCACCUUCACUGGCCAUGUCAUAUUCAAAUUCUUUACUGGCGCUGCAGUAGUGGGUGUCUUCACCACCAGAAACUGCCUGACUUUAGAGUGGACGCCUCCUGAGAGACGAAUCCAUGUGAACACUUAUAAUAUAUACUCAUCCUCUUUGGGACAGAUCCUCAUGUCUGGAUGGGCCUACCUGGUCAGAGACUGGCACUGGCUGCAGUUUUCCGCUUCAGCCUCCUUUGUGAUUGCCCUUCUUUUUGCCCUGUACGUGGACAGGACAGCAAAUAAACUUUCCAAACAGGCCCUCCCAGAAUCAGCUCGUUGGCAAAUCACCCACAACAAACUCCACAUGGCUAUGAAGACCCUUCAGAAGGUGGCCUGGAUAAAUGGCCAGAAGGAACAGGGGAGAAAGCUCACUCCAGAAGGGGUAAUGUCCUACAUUCAGGAAGACCUUACAACUGUGAAGGCAAGCUCUUCUCUCAGAGACCUUUUCCAGACCCCAGGAAUAUGCAAGAUAUCAUCGUGUGUCGUGUUUGGGUGGUUUGCCUGUGGAUUCUCCUAUACUGCAAUGGUGAUGGACUUACAGAAAUUUGGGUUCAGCAUUUACUUGGUCCAAGUGCUAUUCGCACUCAUAGAUUUCCCAGCAAGGUUGUUUGGAUCCAUUAGCAUGUCUUAUGUGGGAAACCGUUUCACCUUCAUCUUCUGUGCACUUUUCUCUGGAUGUGUGAUCAUCAUUCCCAUAUUUGUGCCUCAAGAUAUGGCUGCCCUAACACUGACACUCAAUGUGCUUGGAAGAGGAGGCUUGGGAGUUAUGUUUUUAUGCAUUUACCUCUACACAUUGGAACUCUACCCAACUGAAAUCAGGCAGAAGGGAACGAGUGUUGGGAUUUUCACUUCACGUUUUGGUGCAGUGCUGGCUCCCUGUGUCUACAUCACUGAGACCUCUAGCACUAUUCUGAAGCCUCUGUUGUUUGGAGUAGUGCCUAUUCUUUCUGCCAUUGCUGUCUCCUUUCUGAUUGAGACUCGUGGCCUCCCACUGCUGGAGACCAUCCAAGAGACAGAAAAGAGGGUGAAGAGGGCACAGUCUCUGAAAGGGAAUGCCAGUGAAGAGGUACAGAAGAGACAAGCCUUGCUUAUUCCUGCAAUUCCAGAAGCUGAGAGCACAGUCUAAUUCUCUCUUGUGGGCCUUCAACUACACUUCUGAAGGACGCCAAUGUCUGGACCCAGCUUCACCAUCCUUUCUUGGUCUGAAGUGAGAUCUACCUUUUCUGGAUUGAGAGUGCACUCUCUGGCUGCUGAGAGGGUGGAAAAAGGUGGCCUGGUAGAACUUCCCUGCAAUUCAAUACACGAAAUAAAGUCUUAAUUAUUAAGCAUCAUACUUUAA